AUGUUGGAGCUGACAAGCCGCAAGCAGCCAAGAGCCCAACUUGAUUUGCCUAGUAAAUGCCUCACGCAAAAUUCUUUAUCGCACUGGUUCAUCUUGUACGCGAUAAUUUUUGAAAUUACCGAUAAGCUACGACUAUAUAAUGGAAUUCUGCAGGCCCCUUUGAAUCCAGUGAAACAUUCCUGCGAGUUUUGUGCCAUGUGGAAGCCACCGAUAGACUUUCUCGCCCUGCAUUACGCAUGGAUUAUUACUCUCAGCGUGCUAAGCUUGGUUAUCAUUUAUCCUUAUGGUAAUCUGAAAGCCGUCGAUGCUUAUUUCUUCGGAGCCAGCGCAUCGACUGAGUCGGGCCUGAAUACUGUCGACGUCAAAUCUUUGAAGACCUACCAGCAGCUAUACAUAUAUUUCAUUCCAAUUUUGGGGAAUCUGGGGUUUAUCAACAUCAUCGUCAUUGUAUUUCGAGUCCGAUGGUUUGAAAAGCGCUUUAAAGAAGUCGCACCGCAUCUUUUGAGGCCACAGGCUCCCGAACAAGACGCAGAGGCGCACUUGAAGCACAAAGGGAGUUUAAGUAGCAACAAUGAUGAAACACCAAACGAGGGAUUGAGCAGCCACGAAAUAGACAACUCGGAUAAGGAAAGAGCGCGUGUUGAGACUCAGGCCAAGUCUUCCAGCGUUUCCCUGGAAUCGAAGGAUGCAAAAACCGAUGAGACACCCGUUCCGAAUACUAAUCCGAAACAAACCAUCACAUUUGCUGAAGACAAUCGGCCGGUUUCCGACAAGGACAAAGCUCUGUAUAUUCCGCCACCGUGGAGACGUGAAAGAGGGGCCUCGUUUGAUGAGAUUGACGCAAGUCUUAAUGAUGAAGAUGAGGGACCGUCCGAGAAAGUCCUUACUCGUCGGCAGACAACCAGAAGCAUACAGUCACGUUCACGUACGCUGACCCUUGAGCGAGUUAUAAGCUCAGCUCGCUCAGUGUUCGUUUUGGAAGGCUCUUCUAGUACUGAGCGAGCGAUGCCAGCAACAACGCCGAGGGAAAUGAAACAGCUCGAUCUGCCGAAUAUGUCUUCGCAAGCUACGAUAGGCCGGAACUCCCAGUUCUACAACCUGUCUGACGAAGACCGGGAAGCGCUCGGCGGUAUCGAGUAUCGAAGCUUGAAGCUUUUGUUAAAAAUUGUCGUGGGAUACUUCUUUGGUCUGCAUCUCUUCGGUGCAGUCUGUCUUGUGGGGUGGAUUCUGCACGCGGAUCCGAAAUAUCGUGAUUAUCUCGCUGAAUGUGGGCAAGGCAAUGUUUGGUGCAGGGGCUUUUACUCCGCCCAGACGAUGGUCGACAAUCUUGGCUUUACUCUGACACCAGACUCGAUGAUCUCGUUUCAAGAUGCAACCUUCCCAAUGAUCCUCAUGAGUUUCCUUGCAUUUGCCGGGAACACUUGUUAUCCAUGCCUUCUUCGACUCGUUAUCUGGAUCUUCUACAAAGUUUGCCCGGAGAAAUCCUCUCUCAAAGACCCGCUCAGAUUCCUACUCGAUCAUCCACGACGGUGUUAUACACUGCUUUUCCCAAGCGGGCCAACCUGGAUUCUCUUCGGAAUCCUAUUCGUGAUGAACUCGAUCGAUGUUCUCCUCAUCAUUGUGCUGGACUUGAACAAUCCCGCCGUGAACAACCUCGCCCCCGGUCCUCGAGUUCUCGCUGCUAUUUUCCAAGCCGCAUCGGCGCGUCAUACGGGUACAGCGACUUUCAAUUUGGCCGAUGUGAGCCCAGCCGUCCAAUUCAGCUUGGUGGUCAUGAUGUAUAUUGCGAUUUUUCCGAUUGCGAUAAGCAUCAGAGCGUCCAAUGUUUAUGAAGAGAGGACGCUGGGUGUAUAUGGUACUGAGGGUCACAUGGACGAGCACGACGGCCGGUCUUACAUUAUGAACCAUAUUCAGAACCAACUGACCUUUGACCUGUGGUACAUUUUCCUCGGCUGCUUUUGCAUCUGCGUUGCCGAGGCUGGUAAGAUUGCAGAUACGUCAAUUCCUGCCUUCUCUGUGUUCUCUGUGUUAUUCGAAGUUGUCUCAGCCUAUGGCAAUGUCGGGCUUAGUCUUGGGUAUCCCACUGUUUCGACGUCCUUAUCUGGACAGUUUACCGUUUUCAGCAAGCUGGUUGUUUGUGCUGUGAUGAUCCGAGGCCGUCAUCGUGGAUUGCCUUACAAGCUCGACCGUGCCAUUGUUCUUCCAAGCGAACGCCCAGAAGAAGAUCAUCGAGAUCGGGAUGGGGUCCAAACUAAGGUUGACUGA